AUGUUUCAAAACCAGACUGCUAUGCGGUCAAAGUAUAACUCUGCUAUUGGUGAUGAUUAUUCUGGUGGAUAUGCUGGCGGGAUGGACAGAAACGACUUUUCAAAACCAAAAACUACAACACAAAAACUUCCAUGGGAUGUUGAGCCUUCUCAAAAGGUUCAACCAACCAACAAAUUAAGUUCCUAUCGAGUAUCUAAUUCUGUUUCAAGCAAUGGAAGUAUAAGCUCAUCGGGUAGACCUUCGAGGAUUAAUAGUGGAUCUGCUGUACCAAUGUUUGAAGAGGAUAAUGAUGAUGAAUCAACCCCGAGAUCAUCCUAUUCAAAUUAUUAUGAAGAUAUUUCUACCAACUCUGGUAAACAAUCCAUUUCUUAUUACCAGCAACAAAUGGCAAAAAAGUCAACAUCUUACACUCCAUCAUAUGAUGAGGAUGGUGAUUCAAGAAAGGGAAUGGAUGACUCGAGAAAAAUUAGGAAACAAUCUGCACCUCCAACUUCUUCCAAGACCACAACUUCAACUUCAAAUGGUGGUUCAAAACCAUCCUCUAGGAGCUCAUCAAGGUUAUCAAAUAGAAGCGAUUCCUAUGAAGAAGAUGUUGAUGUUAGAGGUUCUGUCCAGAGAUAUGAUUCUGCAAUUAAGGCAGUUGUAAAUACAGCACAAUCACCAAGCAAACCAAGAUUGAGUGCGAAUAGAACUAAACAACCAAUUUCUGGAAGCGGAACUCCAAAUAGUGCCAGAGAAACUAUUGUUGCAGGUCCAAACACUACUGUUGCAAAACCAUCUAGGGUAGCUCAAGAAAAACUUUCUUCGGAGCCAUCUCCGUCCAUCAGCGAAAGAUCUGUAAUAGGAUCAAAAAGGCCCUCAAAAAUUUUAAUUGAAGCAUCAAUAACUCCUCUAGCUCUUUUCAACAGAGAAUUAUCAAUUAAGGAUAUAACAAUUGUUCCAGAAGAAAAACCAGUGUCAAGACCAAAGAUCAAAUUUAUUCCUCGAAAACAUGGAACAACAGCAUUUGUACAAAGUAGUUCAAGACCUGAAAUAGCUCAAAAGAGAGAAAUGCCACCACCUUCUAAAGUUGUUCCUCCUUCUAAAAAACCAAUUGCUCAACCUCAACCAAAGAAGGCUCCUCCUCCACCAAUUUAUGAUGAAGAAGAGGAAGAAGAAGAGGAAGAAGAUGACGAAUAUUACAAGCAAGAAUUCGAAGAGGAAGAGGAAGAAGAGGAAGAAGAGGAAGAAGAAUACAUUCCUCCUCCAAAGAAAACUACUUCUAAACCAUCAGCUCCAAAGCAGCAACAAAAACCAGCUUCAAAGGCUGCAACCUCCAGGGUAAAUGCUGCAGUAGCAUCCACUGUACCUGUGGAUAUUGACAGUCAACCAAUUGGAGGAGGUGGAAAGGCAAACAGCAUGAGCUUGUUUGAAAAGAUGUUAGAAGAAGAAAUGAGAAAAGGUGAUGCUGUGGCAAAAAGAAAAGAAACAGAAAGAAAAUGUCCAUACUGUAACGAAAUGGUAGAGGUAGACUAUUUCUUGGAUCACAAGAAAGAAUGUAAAGAAAAGGAAACAAAACCUAAAGCAAAGAAGAUGAGUUUUAUUCCUGAUGAAUUGAAAGAAGAAGCUGAAAAGGCUAAACGAAACGCCAAACCUUACAAAAAGAAGGCAAGUGUUUGGAGAAAACAACAUCAAGAAUUCAUUAAUGUUGCUGGUAAAAACCCAGAACCUACAAUUAAAAACGAAGAAUUGGACGACAGAAUCCAAUGCGAAUAUUGUGGAAGAAAGUUUGCAGAAGAAACUCAUAAGAGACACGUGAUAUCUUGUGGUGAACGAGCAGCCAAGAGCAAGAUAAAAGAUCGAGGAACAAGUGGAAAGGCUACUAAUCAAAGCGUUUCAUCUGCAUCGUCCAGUACUGGACUGCCAAGAAAGAAUUCCACCAGCUCAGCAUCUUCAACAUCUCGGCAAUCAUCUGGGCUUUCUGCCACUCGCUCAACAAAGCCAACAAUAGGAUCCAGUACAAAACGAUACUAGCAAUAAUUGUAAUAUUAAAUAAUAAUUUAAAUUUUAUUCU